AGUAAGCGAAUUCCGAACAUACUUUAGAAGCAUACGGUUGGGCAUGCGACCGUAAAAGAAGGCGCACUGCGGCCAGCACUCGCGGAAUGCUCCUUGCGAUCACGUCGAAUACCCAGCAGGGCAGGAAAGAAGAAGAAGAAGCAGAAUCAGAAGCUGCUGCGAUUAAGGGAAGAAGCAACCGGAGCGAUGUCGAUGACGGUGGAGCGCGUUUCGCUCUUUUCGCGAGGGGCGGGGGUGACGAUGCAUGGCCUGCUGAGCGCGAGGGUGCAAUGCGUGAGGUCUCCAUGGUGGGGGCUGCCCAAAGUCGCUGGGGCGACGCCGAAUGCGAACAGGGUGGUGCGAGUGCACAAUGCAGAUCGGUUGGUGCACGGGUUGCGGCUGGCCGCUGCGACUCCGCUCCCGCUGCUGCGCCAAGUGGCGGAUGCUCUGGUGGGAGAAAUGUGCGCUGGGCUGGAGGAGGAAGGGGGCAGCGAUCAGCUCAAGAUGCUGCCAUCGUACGUCGAGAAUUUGCCCACUGGGGAUGAGGAAGGGCUGUUUUACGCUGUAGACCUUGGUGGCACAAAUUUUCGGGUAUUGCGAUUACAUUUGGGCGGGAAAGGCCAAGUUCUGAGCCAAGAGUCCAAGGAGAUUGCCAUACCUCGCGAACUUAUGGUGGGCACUGGCAAGGAUCUUUUCGACUUCAUUGCCAAUACGCUUGCCACAUUUGUCGACACGGAGGACAUUCUGCUUGAUUCAAAGUCCAACAAGCACAGGGAAGCCGGGUUUGCGUUUUCUUUUCCCGUUCGUCAAACAUCAGUAAAAUCUGGCAAUGUCAUUCAAUGGACCAAAGGCUUUAAAAUCGAUGAUGCGAUAGGCAAAGACAUUGUGAAGCAGUUCCAGGAUGCGAUUAGUCGCAGUGGUCACGAUGUUGAAAUUUCUGCCUUGGUGAACGAUACUGUCGGUACAUUAGCCGGAGGUAGGUAUAACUUUCAGGAAGAGACAAUGAUCGGUUGCAUACUUGGCACAGGGACAAAUGCUUGUUACGUGGAACGAGCUGAUGCUGUGAAGAAAUGGAAAGAGGCACUUCCCAAAUCAGGGGAGAUGGUCAUCAACUUAGAGUGGGGAAAUUUUCGAUCACCUUGGCUGCCGCGCACAUUUGCUGAUGAUGAGGUCGACAAAGAAAGUGUAAACCCCGGAGACCAGUGGUUUGAAAAAAUGGUGUCAGGCAUGUACCUUGGCGAAAUCGUACGACACAUGCUGCUGAGGCUUGCUGAAGAGGCAACGUUGUUUGGGGACACUGUCCCCGAAAAACUCAGAGAACAACAGUCUCUUGAAACCAAACAUGUUUCUAAAAUCCAUGCUGACAUUUCAUCGGAGCUCCAAACAGUAGCGACUGUUCUUCACGAAGUUCUCAGGAUCCAUGACACCACUCUCGAACAGCGGAGGAUUGUGCACAGCUUAUGCGACAUGGUUGGCCAGCGGGGUGGAAGGUUGGCUGCUGCAGGACUCUACGGGAUACUGAAAAAAAUUGGUAGAGCUGGACCAAACAAGAAUGGCUUCGCCUUAUCUCGACAGAAGAAGACGACGGUGGUGGCAAUGGAUGGAGGUCUUUAUGAACACCACCACCCGUACCGGAAAUACAUGGAGGACGCUCUCCAAGAGUUGGUCGGCACAAACGGACCCUACGAGGUGUUUUUAAGACUACAAAAUGACGGUUCAGGAAUUGGAGCGGCAUUGCUUGCCGCAUCUCACUCUCGACACAGACAAACCGAGUAGCGAGGCAGACGACUCGUCAUCUGGCUACCUCUGUAGAGUGGUGUGAAUACCGCGAAUGUGUUCCCGAAAAGCCAGCAAUUUCUACUUAGACUUCAUCAUAUCUGGGAAUAAGGAGCUGAACUGACCAGGAAAUCAACAAUUUUCCCUUUGGAAUUCCUUUUUGAUCGGCUCUUGUGGCGGUUGCAUCGCGGUGAAGACGAUAGAGGUAAUCCUCUACCUCGGCAAGCAUUGAUAUCUUCCAGCACCUACACUAGUCAUAUGUCGCACCUGCUGGAUAAGAUCAGAGUAACGUGUAGAGGGGUUUGGACUUUACACUGGAGGCGUAGCAUGGCUGUAGACGGGGCGUUGAGUGCUUCUACCUGUCCAGCUAGGUAAGUAAAUUGUAUCUCUCUGAGACGUGUCUUGGUUGUGCUACACAGAUCAGAAGAGGUCUGCAUAGACAAUUGAUGGACACAUGUAAACCCGUAGAACAAGGCAUCGUCAACUCUUUCUAGCAACCUAAUCCAAAUAAUUACUAUCUAGAUUUGUUCGCGAACAUUUGUAAAAUAUACUUUUAAACGAU